AUUUCACAGUUGAGGAAACUGAGGCUCUGAGAAUGUGAGGCUGAAGGUCCCAGGACUGGAUAGGGGUUGGAACAGUGCCUUCUGGCACCAAAAUUGACUGCACAGCUUCUACCCGAUCCUAACUGACCUCUCAGUUGUGUCAGGCGCUUUAUCCCUCCCCGGAUUUUUCUGAGAGGAAGUGUUAUCCGCAUCCUGUUCCUCAUUCUUCCUGAGUUGAGAAAGAACAGAUCUGAGGAAGGGCUACAGAGGGAAAUACGUGGGGUUAUAAAAACCAUAGUUCAGAGAGGAGUUAGAAAGAGGGACAGAGAGGAAAGGAGGAUGGCAGAAAUGUGUAACCCCAAGGAACCUGGUGGCUCCGAGGAGGAGACAUUUGGGGGCCAGACAUUGGCUGAGAGACACCCUGGACUCCUACGCAGUUUGAGGAGCUCACCAGGGUGUCUGACCCAGAACCCUCUGCUUCCCCUGCUGCUCUUCAUCUCACUGGCUUUCUUCAUGCUCCAGCUGACCACCCUGGUUCAAGUUUCCAGGAUCCAGUUCCUGCAGAGAGAUUUGGGGGACCACGACGUGGAGAACAACAGCCUGGAUGAGGGGCUGGACGCCGGGUUCCAGAGUCAGAGAGGGGAUGGGGCUCUGAGGGAGCAGGACCUUGGAACAUCCAUCACCACCAGGGUUGAUGUUGCACAGGGGCAGAUGCAAUCAAACCUGGAGGAGAUCCUGCAGCACCUGACCUGGAUGAAUGCCACCCUGGCUGGCCUGUGCCGUCCCUGUCCUUGGAAUUGGGAAUUCUUCCAGGGGAGCUGCUACUUAUUCUCCUGGACCCAGAGUGACUGGAAAUCUGCUGUCUCCUCCUGUAAGGACAUUGGGGCCCAGCUGGUGAUCAUCAAAAGUCUUGAGGAGCAGAAAUUCCUGAAGAUUUGGUAUGUCAGAUAUAAUAAACCCACCUGGAUUGGCCUCAGUGACCACCACAAUGAGGGUUCCUGGAAAUGGGUGGACAACAGCCCCCUCCAACUCAGCUUCUGGAAGAAAGGGGAACCCAACAACCACGAAGAUGAGGACUGUGUGGAAUUGUACAACGAUGGCUGGAAUGAUGGCAAAUGUAGCACACAAAACUCCUGGAUCUGUGAGAAGCCCUCGUCUCCCUGCCCAGCCCUCUGAGGGUCACUGCCUCCCCCCCACCCCACCCUGUCCCGGUUUGCAGAGAUCAGGCAACUGAGACAUGCGGUCUGCUGGUCUCUCUCAGGCCCCACCCGUUUCUGUUUUUCCCUUUGGUGAAUUCCCAUCUCCCUCCUGUACAGAGGUCUUCGAGAUCCUGAGGCAGAUUCUGAGACCGCCUUAUCCUCUAGGACCCAUCCCACCAUAGGCUAUAGACCAUCUUUUUUCAUCUAUUGAUGGUCUCAGCCCCGCCUCAGCUCCCCCAUGACAUCCCCUUAAUAAAAUCAUACAUUGCAUUAUGUGUUCCAUUGAACUUAUUUUUGUUCCUUGCCACUGUUUCACUUACUACAGGGUUUUUUUUUCAGUUACUAUAGUUUAAUAAUCUGUUUGAUGUACAUUAGGACAUGAUCUUUUUUCAAUAUAUUUUUCU